AUGACGCUAUACCCGUCAAUCGCUGGGGGAGACAGUGGGGAACUUGUGGCCGAGUCCUGUCACUUAGGCAUCUCACAUCCUCCUGGUUAUCCUCUUUUUAAUAUGGUCGUCUACCUCUUUACACAGCACUUACCAUUUGGCAAUACACCAGCGUGGCAAGCCAAUUUUUUUUCAGCUGUGUGUGAUACAAUAGCGGUUCUAUUCAUCUACUUGAGUCUCUUACAUUGGAUGGCACCUACACAGUGGACUGGACGGCGUGUAGCAUCUGCCACUGCUGCUACAUUAUUUGGUUUUUCACCAUUAAUCUGGACUUAUGCAGUAGGAGCUGAAGUUUUUGCAUUGAACAAUGCAUUUACAGCUUUCUUGAUAUAUUUGUUGCUUCGAUACGAGCAACGUCAAGAGUUCAAGACAGCAUUAUUUGGAGCGUUUACUUGUGGUCUAGCAAUGUGUAACCAGCACACAAUUGUACUCUUUGAGCUACCAAUAAUUGCGUGGGUACUUUGGUCUAGAAAAAAAACAUUGUGGUGGAAAGAGCUUGCGCAGCUUACUAGUAUGUUUUUACUUGGUCUCACUCCUUAUUUAUACAUGCCAAUCACAGCUAUUUGGAACUCUCAGCCAGGGUCAUGGGGGGACGUUACAACGUUAAGUGGGUUUGUUCAUCAUAUUCUUCGAGCAGAUUAUGGAACUUUUCGAUUAUAUGCAAGCAAUAAAACCAGUGAAGACAUUUGGACACGGCUGUAUUUAUAUGGAGUUGAUCUUUCAGGUCGAGAAAUUCCAUUUCAGCUUGCAUUUCCUUUCGUGACGCUUGGAAUUCUUCAAUCCCUUUGGGGUGCUGGUAUGCGUUACCAACUUGGUCAAUUCAUGAUAACUAUGUAUACCUUUUACAUGAUCGUUUUCCAUUCGCUUGCUAAUCUCCCGAUCAAUGAAGGUCUUCUUUACGGCGUUCAAAUGCGUUUUUGGCAGCAACCAAACGUAAUUGUAUUUAUCUGGUUUGGUAUUGGAUUGGGUUAUACAAUGGGAUUGGUCACGCAAAAUGCUGAAAAGUAUUUCUAUGUGAUGAAGAAUCUGAUCUCAAUUGUUCUUCAAGUCUCUUGUCUGACUCUUGUUGGGGCCCAAAUAUGGCGUUGGCACAAAUUUUGCGAUCAUAGUCAAGCAUUUUAUGUUCAAAACUAUGCGAAAGCUAUACUGGAUCCACUGCCAUCAAAUGCUGUACUUGUUGUAAAUUAUGAUCUACAGUGGACAUCCUUGCGAUAUCUGCAACGCUGUGAGCUCCGACGUCUUGAUGUCACAAUUCUAAACCUUUCAAUGAUGACAUAUAAAUGGUUUAGUGCAAAACACGAUCACUAUCCAAAUCUUCAAAUUCCAGGAUCAAAACUCGUUCCAUUCGGAUCAACGGAUGAUGGUUUCAGCAUGGCUCAAUUCUUAGAUGCGAACAUUCGUCCGACUGUGUAUGAGCCCAUACAAAAGCCACUACGCGUUUUCUUGGGUGGCAAGUUGAGCUAUAACGAUCAAGAUUUUAAUAAAAAGUAUACUCUUGUGCCGUAUGGGCUUGUAGACGAAUUUCAAAGCCUGACGAUUUCGUCCUUAUCGCUGAAAACUUGGUACAUGUCUCAACAGCAAGUCAAGACGAUGAUACGAAAACAUUUACCAAUACUUCCUCCUCAAGAGAUAUAUAACGACGAAACGUGGGAAUGGACUAUUGCUCGAGACCAUGGAAUGAAAGAGUUGAGCUGGGCUACGUACUUGCUGGAAAGGACAAUUGCAGAGGACCCUAAGAAUUUAUCACUGUUUAGUGAGGCUGCCAAGCCUAUGGAAUUUUCGUACCAAUUUGAGCCACAAGAGUUUUGGAACGCUGCGUCCAAUUUGAAAAAUUUGGGACUUGCAUAUGCUCAAAUGAUCAAAUCUAGCCAAGAGUUUUCUACAACAAAUCCGUUUUUCAAUGACGUUGUUGGUUUGAACGUGGAGACUACAAGGUUGAAAGAUCGAGCAAUGGAUAGAAUGCUAGAAGUAUGGAGUGCGUGGCUUCAAGUACCAGAUGCCAAGCAAGACCCUGGGUAUGAAGCAAUUAACAGUAUAGUUAGUAAGUUUGGAAAAGAAACAAAUCGUUCUGAUGUACAAAACAAAAAGAAGAAGUCGAAGAAGCGAGUCUCUCGAGGAAAAAGAAGGGCAAAUGUUAAGCAACAGCAACAGAAAACAGCUUAA